AUAGCACAGCACUUAUAGCUGAGGUUUUAAGCAAAGGAUGUUUGAACACAAAUGCUGGAGCAACACAUGUAGAUAGAUAUAACAAUACUCAUAUAUUCUUUAUCCAGUUUGAAAAAUGACUAAUAUUGCUACUGCAUAUUGAGUUACUGCUACCCAGUGCAACCGUUCACAAAUUUUGUUGUGGUUGUUUUUUUGUUUGUUCGUGUGUGUGUGUGUGUGUGUGGGGGGGUGUUCCUCCAACUGCUGAAUGUGUAUUCUCUCUUCCGCCACCGUCUACAAUUUGCUUUCAGUCUGGAUGAGAUCCAAAGUGUGCUGAUGAGAGCGGGCCUCUCCCAAAUGAAUUCAGUCAGGCAGUUGGAAGGGCAGACCUUCUGCCAGGAUCCUGACUGUGAGGAUUUGCUGGUAUUCCCCGCUCGAACGAAAGCAAGGCUGGAUUCCACCACGCUGCUUCAUAACCGCAAACUCAUCAUUCAGGAUAAAUCUUGCAGCCUGGCCUCGAACAUGGCAGUCUCCCUGCUACCACACGAUGGGGACAUCCUCAUCGUGGGCAGAUUCUCUGGCCUCACUGUCUCCCACAUGGCCUCACUCAUUAAGGAGAAACAUAAAGUCAAUGGCGACAAGUCCACAGUCCUUGCUUGUGUCAGUGGUCUUACGGACGCUCAGAGGGAAGCGAUGCAGCAAGUCAUCGUCCACAUGAACUGCAAGAAUGUGAAGCUGAUAAACGAGGGGUUCCAGUCUCUCACCAGUGGUGACAAGCGUCUUGCAAAAGUGCGUCUUAUCCUGUUGACUCCCAACUGCUCCUUGUCUGCAGUCAGCAAUCCACUUGAAUUCAUACUGCAAGAGAACAGAGACGCCGUCUUGCUGCAGGACUUGUCCCAGAAUUCUGUGGCCCAGAGCAGGCUGGAAGCUCUGAUAGCACAGCAGAGGGAAGAUAUUGAUCAUGCAUUAAAGUGUGAGUGUCGUAAACCUCUUGUUAUCAUGCUGAGACACACACACUGA